CGCUGGACAUGCUCUCUCUUUUGCGGCUACAACGCCAGCAGCAGCGUCGUCGUCGUCGUCGUCUGGCAGUGCGAAGUCGGCCACCAUGGUGCUCAAGACCGAGGUCUGCAGGUUCUCCGGCGCCAAGAUCUACCCCGGCCGGGGCAUCAGGUUCAUCCGCAGCGACAGUCAGGUGUUCCUGUUCCUGAAUAGCAAGUGCAAGCGGUACUUCCACAACCGGCUGAAGCCCGCGAAGCUUUCGUGGACGGCUUUGUUCCGGAAGCAACACAAGAAAGAUUUGCACGACACCGCCGUAAAGAAGAAGCGUAGAACCACCAACAAACCCUACUCCAGGUCCAUCGUGGGCGCGUCGUUGGAGGUGAUCCAGAAGAAGAGGACCGAGAAGACCGAGGUCCGCGCCGCAGCUCGGGAGGCGGCGUUGCGAGAGAUCAAGGAGAGGAUCAAGAAGACGAAGGAUGAGAAGAAGGCGAAGAAGGCCGAGAUGGUGAAGACGACGAAGGGGGUCGGGAAGCAGGCGACACGGGCAGCUCAGCCCAAGGCUGCGAAGACCAGUGCCGGUGGCAAACGUUAAGCAUGGUACCAUGUUGUGCAUGUUGUGAUUCAUCGCUGUACUUGUUAAUUUUGUACUGGUACACGAGUUGUAGCAAUGGAAGCAGGAUUUCUUUUGGGAUUCAUUUGGGCACCAUUUCCAAUUGACCCUCUAGAGGAUACAUGUCAAGCGGUUCUUUAACCUAUUUUCACUUCACCCUCUGCUGAAUUUGCUAUUAUUUCCUCCGA